AUGGCUUCAGCUACUCCUGAAUGGGAAAUCCAAGAGGAAGCCAAAUGUCCCAUCUGCAAGGACUAUUUCACAGAUCCGGUGAGUAUAGAAUGUGAGCACAACUUCUGUCGAGGCUGCAUCACUCAGUACUGUGAGAAGUGGACCAAGACCCCUUUGUUCUGCCCCAUAUGCAAAGCCCAGAUCCAGAAAGGAAAUUUCCAACCCAACUGGGACUUGGCAAAUACAAUAGAAAAAAGUAAAACACUGAGUUCAAAACCAGGAGAAGAGAAUCUGUGUGUGAGACACGAGAAACCCCUGGAUCAGUUCUGUGAAGAGGAUGAGGAAGCCCUGGCUGGAGUUUGCAGGAGCUCCCCAGAGCACAGAUCUCACAUGGUGCUGAUCACUGAGGAGGCUAUCCAGAAAUACAAGGUGCAGUGGGCAGAGACUACAGCAGCCGUGAGCCAAGCAGCGGGGGACAUAAUGCAGAUGAUUGCAUGCGGCAGCUGCGGUUUGGGCUCUGGGCCCCACAUCUCUGUUGCUGACUAUGAGGCCGGUGAUCGGGUGGUGUGUACGUUGGGUGGGUGGUACCCAGAGCCUGAAAUGCUGUGGAGAGAUUCUAGUGGGCAGCUUGUAUCAUCACUGUCCCAAACGAAAUCCCAACAGGAAAAUGGCCUGUUUGAAGCUCAGAUUUCUGUUGUUAUAAAAGAAAGGACACAUCCUGGUUUGAAUUGUUACAUAAGGAAUCCCUGCCUCAACCAAGAAAAAGAGUCAACAAUUUACAUAGCAGACCCGUUUUUCCUAAGGACUUCGCUCUGGAUGGUGGCGCUGGCUGUGGUCCUGAGUGUCCUGGGUUUUCUCAUUUCCCCAGCCAUUUACUAUUUUUGGAUGCAGCACAGAGAGGAAGGGAAACUCUUGGCUGAACUUCGGUGGAGAAGAGCCCAAAUAUAUGCAGUGAAUGUGACUCUGGAUACAGCCACAGCUCAGUCCAACCUCGUCCUGUCCGAGGAUCGGAAAAGUGUGAGACAUGGAGAUAUACGGCAGGAUCUUCCCGACAACCCUGGGAGAUUUGAACCUUAUGUCAUUGUUCUGGGCGCUGAAAAGUUCAUAGACGGGAGGCAUUACUGGGAGGUGGAGGUGGGAAAGAAGCCUGAGUGGACUCUGGGGGUUUGUAGGGAAUCUGUGAGGAGGAAGGGGGGUAUCAGUAUCACAUCUAAGAAUGGAUACUUUGUGGUGUGUUUGAGAGAUGGAGAAAAAUACUGGGCCUGCACUUCCCCCCUAACUCCUCUCCCCGUGAGCGUCAGGCCCAGCCGGGUGGGGAUUUUCCUGGACUAUGAGGGGGGCGAGAUCUCAUUUUACAAUGUGACUGACAGGUACCAUCUCUUCACUUUCACUGACACCUUCUCUGGGAUGCUCCGCCCUUAUUUCAGUCCUUGUCUCAAUGAAGGGGGUAAAAAUGCAGAUCCCCUGAUAAUCUGCCCGGUCCCAGAGAAGGCCUGAAGGGAUCUCUGUCCCUCACAGUGACACCCACAGCAGAGACUGUCCCCUCCCACCACUGACCAGCCCCCAGGCCUGUUCCCAUGGGGAUGGUGUAAAAAGCAUCAGCUGCCUGCCCCCCAUCACCCCCUCCUCUCUCAGCUCUCAGCACCAGGUCUGUGAACUGCAGGAAGAGGAGAGAGGCAGAGAAGGGGUGAGGUGGGGUCAGGCUGCUUGGAAGUGGGGAUGCAGGGGCAGAGGAAGGUGGUUUAGUCUUGUGGUUUAGACCUUCCCUGUCAAAGUUUAAGCAGACCUGAGGUAAAAAAGGAUCAAGCCCUGGGACAUUUUCUUUAAAGUCUUCUAGCAAAUUGAUAAACUUCUUGAUAGCAAUUAUCACAGCAGCAUCUUCUCCCAAGGAAGAAUAGGCAGUGCAGAUUGUUGCUUUGAAGCUAAUUUUCUAUUUUAUGGGGGGAGGGAUAGCUCAGUGGUUUGAGCAUUGGCCUGCUUAAACCCAGGGUUGUGAGUUCAAUCCUUGAGGGGGCCAUGUAGGGAUCUGGGGCAAAAUCAGUACUUGGUCCUACUAGUGAAGGCAGGGGGCUAAACUCAAUGACCUAUCAGGUCCCUUCCAGUUCUAGGAUAUCUCCAUUGAUUUAUUUUAUUUAUAUUAUUAUUAUAGAUGAACUACUUGUGUUCAGUCACAUAAGGCAAUUAGCCAGUCAAACUGUCAAGACAGUUCACACGUAGUUUACUAUGUGGAAUUACAAACUUCAAGGAGAGAUUAGGAUAAUUAUAUUACUGUACCACAAGUCCCAUCUAAAUAAUAAUUUUCCCUUUUGACCUCUGAAUCCAUAGAACACAGCAUUAUGAGACAGGAACAGGAUUAGCAUCUACAAGCUAAUUAGAUCACAUUGUUAAACUUCUAAUGAGAUACAGGUAAACACAGACAAAUAAACUUAACAUCUACCCGUGAUUUCUAUUACUACAAAUAAAUGGGUUAAUGAUUGCUGGUCUAGGACAUCUCUUUGAAAUACACAUACAAGUAGAUUGUCUUGGUUACAUUUCAAUGUGUCUUGUUAAGUUAUAGGUCAUACCCAAGUUGACCAUUCUGUGAACAUCACAGAAGUGCUGUUAAGAAAGAUGCUUUCAGAGCCUUUUACAGAACCAAUGUCAUGUUUGUCAUUUGAAUAUUCUGUUAAUUAGAUUAUUUUUUCUUUCACUGAAAAAAGUCUCUGCAGUUAUCUUUAUACUCUAGGUGCUUUGUUGCGAUGUGUCAUUUCAACUUUGCAGGUUUCAUUGCUUCAUUUGAUAGGAUUUGUAAGCAUGUGAUGCAUCACAGUUGUCAA